GGAACAUUCAACGGCUCCCCAAAUGGGCGCUACAUCUUGAUACAUUGUGCAAUGGGCUCCCGCACAACUUCUCCAGGCCGUCCCGGGCCAAAAACGACGAGCUGUCAAACUUCAGCAGGAAGACGCAUACACCGACGAUAAGAACCGAGGCGGCCGAAACGUCACCCUCCGGGCACCCGUUAUCAUAUUCGCCUCAGCAGCGUUCCACGGUGAAUUUGUUUCUUGACGGGGUGCAC